AGUGGUAGAACACGAGGGGCAUUUUGGGAAACGAGGUUUCCGACGGCACCUCAGCAGAGCGCGCAGGAGGCGUUCGGAAUGGGGAUCGCAAAAGCCGAAGAGAUUGGAGAGGUUUUUGCUUCGUUUUGAUCGCGUCGGAGGACGAAAGGGAUUUGAACUAGGGUUCUCUUGUUUUGGAGUUAUCUGGCCAGCGAAAUUUCGAUUUGGAAGCAGCUUUUAACACUGUCGGCCUGCGUCUGGAUUCAUCCGCUCCCCUGGCUUACUCCGGGAGUCUGACCGACGGCGUGGAUUUGGAAGGGAACAGCGCCCUGCCGAGGCGAAAAGUUUGGUUUUAGAUGGAUUUCGACAGCGUCGUCGAGCUUGGGGUUCUAGUGUGACGCUUCUUCUGCACUUCCUGCGUCGUGGUGGUUUUGCAAGGUGUCGGGAAGGGUUGUGUUGCUCAGACUCAUCUGCAGUUGAUUUUCGUGGGGUGGAUGAAGGAGACGAUUCUUUCUUCCGAUUUCAUAAGAAUCUUCAAGGCUUUUUUUGACGUCCUUUUUUCGAUUCCCUGAACAAGAUACCUUGUUGCUGCCGAGAAGAAGCUCUUUUAACAGAGUUUAGGGUUUCUAGCAAUCUGAUUUGGGAGUUCAAAGAGCGUUGCAGUACAUCAUCCACUUGUCACUGUCCGUUUCCUUGUGAAAAGCAGCGAGCACAUUUCUAUUAAUUCAUUGCAUUUUCCCAUUCGUUUACUUUGGAAAACCACCUUUUGCUUUGUAUGAAAUCACCGCAUCGUCUGAGCAAGUACUAUGCAGUUCCUCUGUAUGAGUUGGACUUAGACCAGAAAUUUUGGAUAUAAAGAGACGGCGAUGGUAACGAACAAGGAAAGUAAUAGUUCUCUGGUUGGUCAAAGUGAAAGCAUUUGAUCUGCUGGGUCAAAAGCGUCCUUUUGGAUCGCUUUAAACAUAGAAAAUAGUUCUCCGUGGUGUGGUUCAGAUGAUGGUCAUCUGCAAUGGCUUCCCCCUCGUAGGUCCGACCAGUGGAACAGGGAAAGAAAAGACCUAUCUUUAUUUCUCUUCUUGUUUUUUCUCGUCUUAUGGAGGUUCAUACAAGUAAACAUGACCGGGAGAAAUUGACAUGCAGCCAAGAGCUUAUCUAAGAAAGUUCUUCUUGAGUUAGGGAGAAAUGAGUACCAAUCAGCAGCCAGAGCAGGGGAAGAGUGUCAAGGGUCUUGAUGCUACUGUGAAGGUUGUUGUUGCAAUCAGGGCUUCAAAAGAGAUCCCAAAGACAGCACUUGUAUGGGCUUUAUCACAUGUUGUUCAGGCUGGAGAUUGCAUAAUGCUCUUGGUUGUGGUUCCUUCGCACAGUUCCGGUAGAAAACUAUGGGGAUUUCCGAAAUUUGCUGGUGACUGUGCUAGUGGCUAUGGGAAAUCACAACCUGGAACACCUUCGGAGCAGAAGUCUGACAUUACUGAUUCCUGCUCUCAAAUGAUGCUGCAACUUCGUGACAUUUAUGAUUCAAACAAGAUAAUUGUCAAGAUAAAGAUUGUUUCUGGAUCACCUUGUGGUGCAGUGGCUGCAGAAUCCAAACGAGUCCAGGCGAACUGGGUAGUGUUAGACAGACAGCUGAAGAAUGAAGAGAAGUGUUGCAUUGAUGAAUUACAAUGUAACAUAGUAGUAAUGAAACGCUCCCAACCUAAAGUUCUUCGCUUGAAUUUAGUAGGAUCUGAUGAUGCAGAGAUGCAAUUACUUUGUCAAGUACCCUCAGAGUUAGAUAGCUCAAAGGCUUCUGCCAGCAACAAAGAUUCUCAAAAAUCUAUUAGAGGACUAGUUGUGACACCAACUAGUAGUCCUGAUUUAGAGACAUUAUCUACUACUACUGAAGCUGGAAGUUUGUCAAUGUCAAGUUCAGAUCCUGGAACCUCUCCUUUUUUUGCCAUUGAAGCAAUCAGUUGUUCUCAGAAAGAGGAGCAUAUAGCUCCAAAAGAUAUAAGGAACAUAGAUAUAUCUUCCUCCAAUUCUGAUAGUGAGAAUCUUAGCCCUGGUAAAGCAAAAUUUGAGCCCUGGAUAGCAGAGAUUUUUGGAGGUGGCUGCCCAUUGCCAAGGGAAAUUCAUGAACAAUCUCCAUCAUUUAAUAGUAGUGCUCGUACGUCUACAGCCGAAGCCUUGUUGGAUAAACUUUCUAAGCUGGACAGAGAAUAUGAAGUUGGUUCUGUGAGUUGUAAAUUAGAUUUGAACUUCAGUGGAAAUGUCAGAGAAGCUAUUUCUCUCUCAAGAAAUCCACCUCCAGGACCACCUCCUCUAUGCUCCAUAUGCCAGCACAAGGCACCUGUAUUUGGAAAGCCUCCUAGGUGGUUUAGCUACUCAGAGCUAGAACUUGCUACUGGUGGGUUUUCGCAAGCAAAUUUCUUGGCUGAGGGAGGGUUUGGAUCUGUACAUAGAGGUGUCCUUCCAGAUGGUCAAGCAAUUGCAGUCAAGCAACAUAAACUUGCUAGUUCGCAGGGCGAUCAAGAAUUCUUCUCAGAGGUGGAAGUGCUAAGCUGUGCACAACAUCGGAAUGUGGUGAUGUUAAUUGGAUUUUGUGUAGAAGAUAGGAGGAGGUUGCUGGUAUAUGAAUACAUUUGUAAUGGAUCGUUGGAUACUCAUCUCUAUGGUCGUAAGCAAGAACCAUUGGAAUGGUCUUCUCGGCAAAAAAUUGCUUUAGGAGCUGCUCGAGGUUUGAGAUAUCUUCAUGAAGAGUGCAGAGUUGGUUGCAUAGUCCACCGAGAUAUGAGGCCAAAUAACAUUCUUAUAACCCAUGAUUUUGAACCAUUGGUUGGCGAUUUUGGCUUAGCAAGAUGGCAGCCAGAUGGUUAUCUUGGUGUCGAAACAAGAGUGAUAGGAACCUUUGGAUAUCUAGCACCUGAAUAUGCUCAAACCGGGCAAGUUACAGAAAAAGCCGAUGUAUAUUCCUUUGGAGUAGUCCUGCUGGAGCUUGUGACUGGACGGAGAGCUGUUGAUAUAGACCGACCAAAGGGUCAGCAGUGCCUCACAGAAUGGGCACGCCCUUUGCUCGAAGAAUAUGCUAUGGAAGAGUUUAUAGAUCCUUGUUUAGGUAAUGAUUACUCUGACGACGAAAUACACUGGAUGUUGCACGCUGCGUCUUUGUGCAUUAGACGAGAUCCUCAUGCCAGGCCUCGGAUGUCCCAGGUUCUUAGGAUUUUGGAGGGCGACUUGAAGGAUUCUUGCUACACUUCAACGCCAAGGUAUGCCAAUGGAAACAAGAGCGACCUCAGCAACAACAAUAUUCCUAUCGUGUGGUAGAAGGUGAAAUCGUUUGCCCCCAGCGCCUCCGACCUCAUGCCAUCACGAGGGAGAUAAAUCACGACAGCCGAGAAGGCAAAUGGUGGUGAGGUGAGUUGCACGGGAUCUAGGGAUUUACGAUCCGACAGUCCUGUGGUUCGACCCCGCAAUCUCAUGGGGCAAGCAUGUCACCACUUACUAUCUCGGAUGACCUGUGGGAUCAACAAUAUUCCUAUAGUGAAACAAACUUUGGAGGUUUUGUCUCAAAAAGACCACCAAACGAUACUUCACAAACAGCCUGGGAGCAAGGAAGAGUGUUAAUGCCACAUUCUUGAUCUAGAUUUUGUCACAUCGUUAGAUUGCAAUGUAAUAUUAGCUUUAUUUGGGUCGUACUACUCUUUCUUGGCUUAUAAAAAGCUUGUCUUUGUUAUCUCUUGAUCUUGUUUCUACAUAGUUUUGGGAUAAAUAAUAUCAACAAUUUUAUGAUCUU